GUCAAUUGUUGAAGUUUGUGGAAUUGUGGGAUCGCUAAAGCUUUCUUUGUGAUAGUGUAAUUAAUAGUCUACAUUCAUAUAGAAAUGCAAGAAAAUUCUUAUUAGGAAAACUAAUUCUUAUCUGUUUAAAUGGUAGGUCAAUAAUGUUUAGAUAAUAGUAUUUAUGGUGCUCGUAAUUUGAAAAAAAUAGUUUGGGGUAGGCGGAAAAAUGAAUGCAGGCAAAUUCACGAGCACCGACAGCGACUCAAAUUAUAAUUUAACUUCAAGCCACUCUAAGGGCGAGUUCGUCAGUCAUUGAGACAAAAUUUUAACUCAGAAGUCGAAAAGUGUCAUGAUAUAAAUAUAGACUGUAAUGCAGGGAAUGUUGUCUUUGGACAUUAAUAAGCUCUGUUGUUUGGCAUAUACUGGACCUGUAAAGUAUAGUGUAGAUACUUUGGUCAAAAAUUUAAACAUUUUGUAAAAAUAAACCAAUGGCAUAGUUGAAUAGAGCUAAAUUUUUACAGAAUUAUAACACCAAAAUUAUAUUUUUAGCUGUUGUAGUUUUAAAGUUAUGAAUUUUUAAAGUACGACUUGGUUUGUCCUUUUUUAACAUGGACUGCAUCUCCACAUUCUGUGACCUCAUUCCGCUCAUCGCGUCAUGCGCAAUGACUAUAUAGUUUAUAUAAGGCUAAGGCAUUCCCUUAUCACUAAAAUACUGUUUAGGGUCGACUUAUUUUAAACUUUCAACUUUGGCACAUGAAUAAUUAAUUAAAGCUUUCCCUGACCAAUGGUUUAAUAGUUUUUGCACACGGCAAACUCUUAUGAAUGAAACUCUGAGAUAGUACUACGAUAUAGCCGUUAUGCAAGUGGCUGUGAAUGGUUGCCAAUGACAACGUGUUGCACACGGAAAAUUCUGAUCAUUUAUAAUAUGGAUUCUACCGGGUUUUUAAAGCUCAAAUUAAAACAUUCCAGUUUAAAUGUCUUCAAAAUGCAUUCUGAAACACAAGUUAUCAAAUAUUUUGAUGUAUAUAGUGGUAAUAAUUAAAUAUUUCUUAAGUAUUGGCAACUUCCGCCAUGUCAAAAUAAGGCUGAGCCCCCUUAUGGUGAUAUGGGUCACUGGGAGAAGCAUAGCGAACGUGGGACACUACCUACAUCAAUGAGAAUUGGCACAGAUAUAUAUCAAUAUCUAAUGCCUUACACGAUUUAAUAUGAAAGACAUGUUCCUUUUAUUUCACAAAAAAUUUUGUAUUCGAAGAUGCCUUAUAUAUAACUAAGAUUUUCAAAAUGAAGUUCGAUUGAAAAAAGCAAAAUAGUUGGAUGGAAAUGUAGGCCAAGAUGUCUUCCAAAUUAUAAGGCCUGAAACGGAACUCAAAUAUAUGUCCAAAGAACUAAUUUAAUAAUAAAUAGACACACUCAUCGGAAAAUUAAAAACUCGUAUUUUUCGGCGCCGACGCUUAUUUCCGAUACAAAAAAAGUAGUAGUCUCCCUUGUUUUAUCGAAGUAUCUAUAUAGUGGUAGUCUUUAGGCUUUACUUUAGGGUUUUAAUUAUACCUCCAAGUCCCAGCAUCAACUAUCCAAAAAUAACUUUAAUUAUAAAUAAGGCAAGGCAUAUAGGCCAUAUAGUAUAUAAUAUGUAAGAUAUUUUGAUAUCUUUCUUAUAAAUAUAUACUUAUUUCGUUAAUACUUGUGUACUAUUAGUAUUAGGGAAUAAGAUUAACAUAAUUUACAUAUUAUUGCUCUAUAUUCUAUAUGUGGACAUUUCAUUUUGGCCGGCACUGCGUACACUGCGGCGGUGUACCUAGCGAAACUAUUGACUUUGGCCUGCUUACACCGCGGCGGUGUACCUAGCUAAAUCAUGGUCUGUGGCUUGCAUACACCGCAGCGAUUUAAAGUAGCAAAAUUAUGGUCUUUGCGAGUCUUUAAAUUUUUUGGCCUAACCCGUACGUAUAGAUUUAAUGUUAUACUCGUGUUAAAACUGAAAACUAUUUAUUUAAAAUUCGUUUAUUACCUUGGAAGAUAUUGAGUAAGUUCCACGCUUAUGUGGCAAAGUACAUGUAAAGCAUUUCUUCUUAUUUUUUUGGAAGGGAGGGGGCUGCAGUGGCAUAGCGAGGGUGUUUGGCGCCCGAGGACAAGAUCCAUUUUUAGCGCCCUUUUUCUUUUUUUCAACUCUCAAACCCAUUAUUUUCAUCAAUAAAAUAAUAUCAAAGCACAUUUUGGCGCCCCUAAAUAGCUGGCGCCCGGGGAAUCUGUCCCCCCCCUGCCCCCACCACGCUACGCCUCUGGGGGGGCUGAGGGUGUAAUGUUAAACCAUGAUUCAUUUUUAAAGUUAACCACUUUAUUCCCCCUUCCCCCAAUAUAUUGAAAUACAAAUAUCUUUAUAAAUUGUUGUAAGUUUUAUCAUAUGAUUGUGGAUCUUAAUAGGCAUAAAAAAGGUAGCUAAUUUUAAAUUAUUCUCUCAUGCCCACCCCCUCCCCCCACCCAGUUGUUGUUGCUGUUGGUUUUUUUUUGGGGGGGGGCAUUAUAAAUAUAACAUUGUAUGUGAUCCCUCGGGGCGUGGUGUAAAAAUGAAUGGGAAGCCAGUGAAUCUAUUUUGUUAGCACCAAGAUAUAAUUAGGCCACAAUGACACUACGGGAAGAGAAUCACAUACUCAUACAUUGAUCAUGAAGUCAUGAAGUUAAAGUUGUCUGAGGCAUUGUCAUUGUGAUACCAAGCGUGUGUCAACACAAAACAACAGUAUGAUGAUCAAUACGAAACACUGCAGUGAUUGUUAAAAGUCUUUUAACAAUAAUUAAAUAUCAUUGAUUUAGUUUUACAUUGGCAUUACACAUUAGUAAAAAAUGCCGGCGGAGGGGGGGGGAUGCAAAAGGUAAGUUUGUUGUGCGGACGUCCUUUGUGGUCAACCCCUAUCCAGAGCCGUGAUUUGUGUAGCCCCCUUUUUGAUUAAGCCUCUGCCCAUAACUCACCACCACCCCCACCCCCUGCAAGGAUCGAUUUCUUAACAAAAAUAAACAACAAAUACAAAAACUUUGACAUCGCGAAAAUCCUGUCCCAAGCCCAUUGUGCAAUGGUUUCUGUGAGAAAAUGUCGUGUUUUACCCUGAGAAUAGCACAUGUCAUGCCAUUCUGGAAACAAAUUCCGUCAUGAAAAGGUUAAACGCAGACCUAUGGCUUUGCUAUACAGUUUGCUACCGCUAAAAUCGGGGUGUUUUCAAUAGAUAUGCUGUGAGACUGAGUGUUGUGAAUGAACCUUUGAUAUCGUAUGUACAUUUUGCCAAUGCAUAAGGCAUAGUGACAGCAAGAUGGUUCAAGGUUGAAAUACGACCAUGCACAUUAAUCUCAAACUAUAUUACCGCCAAGCGUCCACUCUACCACUUGACCACACAAGAUCUUUUCUACAAGAUCUUUUCUAAUUUUUUCCUCGGUGUACCCAGGCCUAAGCCCACGAUUUCACUAGGUACACCGCCGGGAUUUACGCAGGCCAAAGCCGAUGGUUUCGCUAGGUACACCGCCACGGUGUACGCAUCCACUUCGUUUCAUUUUAUGCUUUAAAAAAAAAGGAAUGCUGAAUCAUUGAAUGUUGUCUACACGUCCAGCAACUGGACAAAUAGUGUGGGAGAUAUUGUUCCGGCGGGCAUGUCACGUGACCGCUGGACCACUAGUAUAUCUUAUUAUUCCGGCAGAUAUUUCAUGUGACGAGGUCACCGGCAAAAUAAAAAAAAAUAAAAAAGUCUGUUAUCUUGGUUUAAAUAUCUUAAAAAACUCUACCUAGUAGCCUAAAUUUAAAAUAUAAAUCAUAUAAACUAAACAAAAUAAGACCAAUACUUGCCAGUUGACUGUCAAUAGAUCUAUACUACUGUCAAAAAAGUUUUAUUUUAGGCUAUUAAUAUUGCAUGUGAAGUAGGCUACCCCAACAGCACACUACAUUGGCCCUAUAUUAAGAUACAGGGUCGAUUUCUUUUUGAACUUUUGACCUCCCCGCCUUAAUUAUUUAUCACCCUUACUAUAAUUUUUAUCCUUUCUCUCUCGCUCUCACUAUUUCUUCCUUCUAACUUCUAUAGUAUGCAUGGCGUGCCCCCCACCCCCAUAUUAUUUUUUGAAAUGAAGUGUAUACACUAUUAGUGGUCUGAUGGACAGAAAUCUCGCUCAACUUUGUUACGGCGGUCAUGUAACCUGGUUGCUGGACGCAUAUCUCAAGAAUUAUUCGUCCGGUCGCCGGACAUGUAGACACUUAAAAAAUAAAUAAUAUUAGGGGUUCUUGUCAUUAUAAGUGGAUCAUGCUAUAUGAAUAUGCAUGAGAUACAGUAAUCACUAACCUUGUCCCUUUUUACUCAACUCUAAUCAAAGUCAACUUAGGCUCAUCGACGUAGGGAAGGUGGUUUGUUGAAUUAGAACUGACCAAUUAUACUCCCUAUUUGCUUACUAUGAGAUAACCCACCACUGCCAAGGGGCUAUCUAUAAAUAACAUUAAAUUAUUACCACCCCCUCCCCCCAAUGAAGUGUUUUAUAGUAAUUCCAUCAAGUUGAAAGGGAGCUUUUAGUUAUUUUAAACUCUGAAUAAUGAUCACUUGAAGUUCAGACACCUGUCACUGAUGUUUAAUUUACUGUGUCAAAGUAAGGUAUGUAAGUGUGUGUAGGAAUUUGUUCAUGUUUUUUUUUUCAAAGUAUCGAACUGCCCCCACCAGUGUCUAAAGGGAUUUUGAAAAAAAAAAGUUUGAUUCCCCUGUGUUAGUGAUAUGGGUUUAGCCAAGAGCCCUAAAUGCAGUGAUGUUACUUUGGGGAAUCCGAACACUUGACUUAGGGUGAUGAAACCAACAGUGUGGACCUGCAUGAUGCCAGGAUAUAUUCUCUGAGAAGAGUGUUAUAUCCAUAUCUAUAGGAUUUUGUAAAAGUUAUAAGAUAUGUGAUUUUAAAGGGUAAAAAUAUUUUUUAAAUCUUGUGUGGUUUGUGAUCUAGUUGUUGUUGAAGUUGGGCUAGUAAUUGUUUUGAUGAGAAUAUGAGAAAUUUUAGGAGCCAUGCCACAAUCUUGUUGUAUCCAUUUUAAGUCUUAGCAAUGUUCCAAUCAAACUAUUUAUUCCCUAAAUUUUCCCAUUUGGUAAUUGACCUAGGUUUUUUGUACUGUUCAUUAGCUUAGAAUAUGCAUGUGUAUGUCUAAACUUCAAUUUUUAAUAUUUCAGCUCCAGCCACAUGUCUCAAUGGAUAUAACCCAUUAACUACCACAAUUAUUUUAGACGGAGGUUUAGUUUGGAAAAGAAUUCAAUGGCUCUUCCUAAUUUAAGAGGGGGCACCGUCGUUGCCUCCCCUAUACCAUCAUGUAAGUUCAAUACUCUGUAUUUGUAUUAUACAAUGUUUAGAGUACAUUAUAUUUAAGCAUGCAAGACUCACUAAUUUUUUUUUAUUGCUGCUACUGUGUUGUAUGUUCCCUCAAUUUAAGUAGAUUAUAAUUUAUAGCUAGAUUGUCCAUAACUCUUCUUUAAAAUGUGUUCAUUUUUCUUAAUUUUUUACUGUUUUAUUGCUAAUCCAUACUAGUAAAGUCAAAGCUUAUGCCUGGAACACCAGGGACUGCUGAGAAGGUAUGUUUAUUUUUUAAUGUUGCUCAUUUCAUAUGAAGCAUUAAUAUGCUGAAUACUAUAAUUAUUUUAUAUGCUAGGGUUCUUAUAAGUUUUAACUAACCAAGCUUUUUAUAUGCCAGAAAGGAUAAUUUUUGUUCUAUCUAUUCAUCAGGAUAAAAGUGGAUCAAGUCCAUUUUUGCCAUCAUCUCAUGGUCAUCCUAGUUUUAAUCCCACAAAAACAAAAGGAGCAGCUUCG